GAAGUGUGCAGACAGCAAACCAGUACCUGUACUGUUAACUGCCUUAAAAAAGGUUUUAAAAAAUAUAACAAUUAGAUUUGAUUGGAAUAAUCAAGCGAAAUGGACACAUGGAAAAUGAGAUUUUGUGGCACUGGCAUACUGCUGAUUUCAGUGAUUUCUGCUACCCUUGGACUGCAUGUUAGCAUUCCACAGUCCACAUAUGAAGUUGCCCGAGGUGAGGAAGUGAUCAUAACGUGCACUUUCCAGCCUAAAAAUACUGUGAACCGACUCAUUGUCAUCUCAUGGACUGGUGAACCUGAUGGGUCAAUGGAUGAUGAAGGGAUUUCUUUUGGGACCUUCUAUUCCGAUGAUAACCAUGUAGAUAUCAAUGCAAUGUAUGAAGGCAAAGCACAGAUUGAAAGUGAUGUGAAUCAAAAAGUGUCAAAACUGUUACUGAAGCAUGCCACUUUGCGAGAGAGCAGACGCAUCAAAUGUCUUGUCCAGAUUCCUGGUGAUACAGAGGGACAAACAUCAGAUACAACCUCCCUUGUGGUCCUGGUUGCACCAUCAGAUCCUGUCUGUAAGAUUAAAGGCACUGCAGAGUAUGGGCAAAAUAUCAACUUGACCUGUGUCUCUGAAGAAGGCUCCCCAGAUCCCACCUACCAGUGGAAGAGCUAUGAUGUCAAAAAUGUCCAAAGACCAUUUCCAUCCAAAACCACUGACAAGGAUGGAGUGCUCUCUCUGUUCAAUGUGUCCAUGGAUACAUCAGGUUACUACAUUUGCACAUCAACCAAUAAGAUUCGCUCUGCAAUGUGCAACCUCACCUUGUCGGUCAUGCCUCCUACAAUGCAAAUUGGAACUACAGCAGGAAUCAUUGGAGGCUGUGUUGCUGGAAUAGCAGUACUUGUACUAAUAAUUUACUGCUGCUGUAGAGACAAGCAGGAGCCAGAGGAAUUUGACAUGGAACCUCCAGUGAUAGAAUUCCAUGACAAUCCAGAGCAAGAAGAAGGUUCUGGAGAUGUAAGGAAGACUAGUAUUGAAGGCUUCAUUGACCAGAGAGAGAGAUAUGGCAAGGGUGAAAAGGACAGUGAUCGUAAUUCUAAUCGGCGAUUUGAUUAUGACGACCAUCAAGAAGAUGAACAUUCUGAGAGGUAUGACGAUCGAAGGGACAUCUACAACAGAGAUCGUGACGAAGACCGCAGAGAACGUUAUGAUGACCGCAGACCUCAUUACAAUGACCAGCAGAAGCACUAUGAUGAUCGCAGAGGUCAAUACGAUGAUCACAGAGAUCAAUACGAUGAUCGGCAAAAUCGCUACGAUGGCCGCAGGGAUUGUUUCAGUGAUCAGCAGGAUCGCUAUGGCGAUCACAGAGAUCGUUACGAUAAUCGGCAGGAUCGCUUCGAUGAUCAGAGAGAUCGUUACAAUGAUCGGCCAGAACAUUACAGAGAUCACAGAGAUCGUUUCGAUAACCUGCAUGAUCGCUAUGAUGAUGGCAGAGGUCCCUACCGCCAGAACCGCUACGAUGAUGACAGAAAUUGUUUUGAUGACCGCAGAGAAGAUUAUGAUGAUCGCCAGGGUCGCUACGACAACCACAGAUACCGUUAUGGCGACCGCCAGGAUCACUAUAAUGACCAAAGAGAUCGUUAUGAGCGCCAAGAUCAGUAUACUGAUCGCCAUGAUCAUUAGGAAGAUCGUCAGCCUUAUGACCGUUACUGACCAGAGAAAUUUGUGUAGAGACCUACAAUGGGUAAUUGUAAGGAUGAUAACUAAGAAGCUCAUUUACUUUGGAAGAUGGUAGUUACAUUUAAUUAAUUAAAAGUUUUUUCCCCCUUAAUUUUAUUAAGUAUUAUGAUGACAUUAUAAAAGAGGUUUAGCCUAUAAUUUCAUAAGGGUGACCUUUUGGGGUAACUGUUAUUUUUGUUUAAUUAUUAGAUGAAAAAUUAUGUAUUUGUAUUCAUGAAGCUGUGAUCUUUGAAUAUGUACUCUCAUUCAAAUAUCACUGUUGUACUCCACUAUGAAGCACAAUAUAGAGCUUUCGACUCCACUCCAAUGCUAAUGUGUAUAAUGGCAGAAAAUAUGUAGAAAUAGUCCCAGAUAAAUAGGGUGCAUAGCACGUUAUCAUUAGCAACAAUUAUGUAAACAAAAAUACUAAUGCAUAGCGUUAUAAGGAACUGUGUAUCACUGCUUUUCAGAAGUGUUAUUGUAAUUGAAAAGUACUUUAUACAGAUUAUUUGAAUGUAUCAGCCAAAUGAAAAAAGUUCUGAUUUUAUUUUCAUUGUUGGAUGCGCCUAUUUUCGAAGAUGGGUAUUGUACAUAAAGUUAUGCCCAGUUUUUGUGUUUUUAUAAAGUCUCUUAUAUUCAGUGUGUUAAAUGAAUAAAGCUUGUGACUGCUCAAAGU